GGCGCGCGAGGUUUGUUUUCUCGGCAAGGGCGAGCUAGCUAGCGGGUUGAGUUGCAGCAACUACCUCUGUCGUUUUACCCGAUAGUUUGUCGUUUGUUGUCAGUAUUUCUUCGCAAAGUUUCGUCGUGACAUGAAAGCCAAGACUUUCGUACGCCGUCAUGGUGUGCCGCGUAGCGACCUAUAGGGACUACACAGCUCACCUGGAAUGGAUUUACCCUCAAAAAACAUGUACGACGCCUUCAAAGAUGAAAUCUGGAAAGAGCUGGGACCACUGGACCCCGACUGGUUUGACGUACUGACCGCUCAAGCGCUCACUAAUGAGGGAAAUGUCUCUGAUCAAGACGACGAGUGUGCUAACCAGGAGGGAAAUUUUAAAACACCUUUUGACAAGACUGCACCAGACAGUCAGCUGUUUUCAACCCCCAAAGUUUUCAGACACAGUCGAGUUUUUUCUCCUGAAUCUGAGGAUGAGCAGACAUUCACUGCUGAACAAGAAACGCUGCCAAGGACGGCAACACAAAGUCCAUCUUUGCUUCGGAUGUCAAAAGAGAGGGCCCCAGGGGCAAAAUAUGGAGGAAUCCGGCCUCUGAGUCCAGACAGUUUUGAUUUGCUUCAUACCACCCCAAAAUCCCCCGUCAGCUACGCCAAGCAAAUAUCUGAAAGUCUCGGUGCACAGAUUCAUCCUGAUAUAUCGUGGACCAGUUCUCUGAAUACCCCACCAGCCGUGCCAUCCACCCUGAUUUUAUCUAAAACUGAUGAGAGUCCCUGCCCAAUGAGUGUUUCCUCUGACAAAAAUGUUUUUGUACGGAAGCUUUUUCCUUCUCUUUCCAAUGUAUCCAGAGUUGGGGCAGAAUCACCCAAAAAUAAUGGCAUGCCUACCAUUCACCAAGUUGGUGUUUCCCCUGAGGCUGGUCAGAAUCCAGAGUCCAAUGAUUCCCCCCAAAAUUCACAGAAUCAGAGUGAAAGCGUUUGGCAGCAGAAGCUACCAGAUGCUAUUGAGGAUGGAGAAAUACGCAGCACAGUAGCAAGUGUUCUAGAUGGAGCUGAAAAUGUUCUCUCGAUAUUUUUUAGCAACAGUAAUUCAGCACUGAGAAAAGUGAAAACUGACAGAAUCAAGAGGAAGCAAGUCAUUCCGACAAAUCAACAUGGCUACAUCUCUACAGACAUCUCAACUACAAACAAAGCUGCGUCCAGUGAACAGAGAACUGAUGAUUGGGAACCUGUCGAACCUUCCUCACCGCCACUGAAAACUGGAGAUGUUGGAAUCGCCCAGUGGUCUCCGUUGAGUUUAUCUGAAAUUCCUCCCUGUACUUUAGCUUCUUCUUGCCAUGAUAACAGUCGUGCUUCACAAGUGGAAGACAACAAUUUAACAGACAAACUGCAGAGUGACUCUGAAUCUACCCAGCUAGUCAAGCCACCUUUGAAAAUCACAGACUCUGGAUUUACUAAGAAAAAGAGAAAAUUUGUUUACACUGUUGAGACUUCAAAGACACAAGUUCAAGGAACAGAAACACCGUUUCUGAAGAUGGACUCAUCACCAGGGAUUCCAGAUUCUGGAUAUAAACUGAGUGCCAAGCUGUUGGGGAAACCCCCAGAUGAGGCCGACCAUUGCACUAUCACAGAGAAUGAGAUACAAAAACAGGAAAAUGUCACUGAAGAAAGUGUGCCUCCUUCUGUACAAGCAACAGUCCAGGAUCUUGACAUGUCACAGCUGUGCAGAGAUUUUGCACAAGACUUCAGUCAAAUGUUAGAACCCGGUAAACUGGGUAAAGUAGCAGAGAGUGCUCCUCAAAAUGGCUUCUCUACAUCAGCUUGUCUGUCAGCCAUAAAACGAGCUAAACAGAAAGCAAGGCAAGCAAACCUUCACCAGGACUGUGAUGGUGUCAAUAACAGAAGAUAUGUUUCCGCCACUAAUCAAAAUUAUUCCAUUAAUGAGGGCACAGUAAGUGACAGUGGAUUCCAGUCUUCCAUGGAUAUCUGCAACGACAGACUGGUAUCCACAUCGUUUAUUCUUCAACAGUGGACAGACUUUAAAACUGAUAUCCACAGGAAUGCUUCUUUUCUAUCUACAAAUACAGGAAAUGAAAGAUGUCAUUUGGAUGAUCUUUUACAAAAAGCUGAAUCUGAUGCCAAACUGCCCACUGCAAUCAAGGAAAGCCAGACACUGGGCUCUUGCAGAGAGAGUGAGUUGUAUGUAGAGAGCACAUCAGCACAACAACCCAGUAGUGCAAAAGGAGCUGUUAGUAACAUUAAUUGCUUUCCACUCAAUAGUCAAGUUAAUGGCAGUUUCCCAGAGAAAACAACAGUUUCUCUUCCCUCCGUCCAUGCAUCGGGAUUCAAAACAGCUUAAAAGGAUAUACAGAUUUCCUCACCCAACCUGGAGAAGGCAAAGCGUUUCUUUGAAGAGAACGAAGCUGAAAGGACUUUUAGCGAUCGGCCCACUAAAAGAACCAAUGGCACUAAAGAUGAAAUAGGCAUGAGUAAUGGAUCAAUGAAAAUUACAAUCUCUAACUCAAACCGGCCAGCUGCUAAAAAUGAAAAUUUUCACGAUAUCAGUUGCCAGUUAACAGCUUCACAAAAAGCUGAUGUGACGGAACUGUGCACUCUCCUGGAAGAAGCAGAUAGCCAGUUUGAAUUUACUCAGUUCAAAACUGCAAAGCUACAGCAACAUUGUCAAGAUCAUGCCACCCCGCCCCAAAAAGUUGACAAAGAACUUGACGCUGAUUUUCUUAUGGGCAUAGAUUUUGAUGAUAGCUUUAGUUCAGAUGCUGAAAAGCACCCUGCAAUAACUGGGAUUCUUAAUAAAAUGACUGCAGUUUCAGAUGGUAACACCAACAGUGAGAUAUCCAAGGGCACGAGUAAAUCCACAGCUAACUCAUUGUCAAGUGCAAUGAAAAAAGAAAAUUCCUCUGCUGAAGGUGUGUCUUCCUCUUCACAGCAAAUCUCUGAAGACAGUAGCAGUAUUAUGUCAACCGAGCCCAAAAAUCUUGACAGAGCUAUGUAUACUGAAACAAGCGAGCAGGAGGACAAAAAUCCUUUGGUUGGUGUAGGAUUUAAAACUGCAGGAGGAAAUGUUGUGAGAAUUUCAAAAAAAUAUCUGAGUAAAGGUAGAGCUUUGUUUGCAGAUUUAGAGGAGAAUCUGGCAGAUCACAGUUUACCAAACAAGCAAAGCAGUGAAGUUGAUGCUAAAACCAAGCAGAGACCGGUCACAAGCAUUAGAGAUAAAGAUGCUGCCAAAAGUUUUAAAAACGGCAAACAGGACACAACCACGUGUCAAAGUGGGUUCCAGAUGGCCAGUGGGAAAGGGAUUUCUAUUUCAACAAAAGCUAUGCAAGAGGCAGAUGCCGUCUUCAAAGACUGUGACAUUAGUGACAGUAACACUGGCAUUUUAGUAAAAUGUAAAAAGAGCACAGAACCCUUGCCUGCAAGUGUCAGUCAUAAGAAAAACCUUUCAAAAAUUAAAAAUGUCCAAGGGAUUAAAGAGAACUUUUCUGAAGAACCAAUCAGUGAUUUUGAAAAAGUGAAUGCUGGACCAUCUGCAUGCCAUACAGAGGUUGUACAGCAAAAUGUGGAGAUUCAGAGUUUCGGUUUGAAGAAUACACCGGCUUCAACGAAUGCAGUUUCUUUCCAUGGAAACCUUUCUUCAACUGCAAAGGCACUUUCUUCUCCCUCGUGCACAACAUCAAAGAUUACUGGCUCCUCUGCCAUUAAUGAAUUGAGCAGUGGAGGUGGAUUCUGUACAGCCAGUGGGAAGAAAGUAUCCGUGUCAGCUAAUGCAAUGAAAAAAGCGGAAUGUCUUUUGAAUGAAAUUCAUACACUCGAGGACACAAACAAACAACGGAACCAGAAAGAAGAUGCUUUAAGGACAGAUCAUCUCACCAGUCAAAUUCAAGUUGCACCACUUAAAAAUGGUGGAUUUCAGACAGCCAGUGGCAAAGGAGUUGUCAUUUCAUCUGCAGCUCUUAAGAAAGCAAAAUCAUUGUUAAGUGAAUGUGAAGCCGUUCAGGAUGAAAUUGGUGUAAAACCAUCACAUUCCAAGAUCCCCGUUCCUGGUCUUUCAUCCAGGAAUAGUGGAUUUCUUGCAGCCAGUGGUAAGCCUAUGGCACUUUCAGCUGACGCCCUCCAGAAGGCAAAAGCUCUUUUCAGUGACAUCACUUUCAGUGCAGAGAUCCCAGCUGUUUCAGACACAGGGAAUAAUGACAAGAAACCAGACAGUACUGGGAAUUCAGAUAAAAUACACUAUGGUUUCAUGACGUCAGGGGGAGCAACUGUCCAUGUGUCACAGAACAAUCUGUUGAAAGCAACAAAUGUUUUGAAAGAAUUUGAAGAUGGUUCAGCAAAAGUAAUGCAAGAAGAUGAUGCUUUCUUCAAAGACUGUGACAUUAUGGACAACAACAACAGAAUGUCAGAAAAAUAUGAGAAAGGUGUAGGACCUGUGAGUGGAAGUGGCAGCGAGAAGAAACACCUUUCAAAAUUUAAACAAGAUCAAAGGGUAACAAACACUUCUGAAGACCAUGGAAGUGGACACACUGAGUUUGAAAAUUUGAAUGUGGGACCAGAUGUAAACCAUGAAAUCGUGACGCAUCAUGAUGAUGUGGAGAUUCACAAAGGUGUUUUUAAGAACAAACCAGAUUCUACCAACGGAAACCCAUCUUUGAUGGCAAAGCCACUUUCUACCCCAUUGUGCAUUACAUCAAAGAACAUUGGUUCCUCUGCCUUCAAUGAAUUUGGCAACAGUGGUGGAUUUAGUACAGCCAGUGGGAAAAAAGUAUCCGUGUCAGAUGACGCAAUGACAAAAGCAAAGUCACUAUUGAAUGAAAGUGCUGAAUUUAAGGACACAAACGAACAACUUAAACAAGAAAAAGACAGUUUUCCACCACAGAAUGGUGGCAUAGGAGUUGCUGUUUCAGUUACUGCCCUGAAGAAAGCAAAAACUCUGUUAAGUGAAUGUGAUGGAGUUGAGGAUAAAAUCAGUAUAAAGCCAACACAUAAGAUGCCUGUUUCUUGUUCACCACCCAGGAAUGGUGGCUUUCUUGCAGCCAGUGGUAAGACAGUGGCGUUUUCAUCUGAGGCCCUACAGAAGGCAAAAGCACUCUUCAAUGACAUCAGCUUAAAUGCAGAGAUCUCAGCUGUUUCAAACACAAGGAAGAGUGAUAAACAUGAAGAUACUCAAAAUAAUACAGAAAAAUUACAUUGUGGUUUCACAACUGCAGGUGGAGCGAAAGUCCAAAUAUCACAGAAAAAUCUUUUGAAAGCAAAGAACCUUUGGAAAGAAUUUGCAGAUGGGGAGAGUCAUGGUUCAAACUCAUAUUCAACAACCCCACAUGACACCCAUAGGUCAGAUCUAUCAAAAGUGGAAGAUAUGAAAAGAAAUUCAAAUUCUAAUCUCACCACAGCCAGAGACAUAGACAUGUCUGCUAAGCAAAGUGCCCCUCAGGUAGUAAAAUCUUUUCAGUCUUUGCAGGAGACUGAGCAUGAAAAUGAAGCUCUGCAAAAUUCAAGUGUACAUGGUUGCAUUUCUGUCAAAGAAAAGGCACUUCCAUUGUUGGGCUAUGAAGUAAAUCAUACGAGCAGCAGCAAGGGACCUAAGUUUCAAAGGACAGAGGAGUCUUCGGUUCAAAUGUUUCAGUCACUUAACCUCAGUGGCUGCACUGAAACCCAGCAGAAGUUUCUUGCCCAGGAAGCUCUGGACUGCACCAAAGCUUUGUUAGAGGAUGAAAGUCUCUCAGUGACUUUAGAAAACAUGCCACUGCAAGAUAACCGCAAAUCCAACAACAGCUCUAUAGAGGAACACAAAGGAAGAGGGAAAAGAUCAGUAGUGGAUGAAGAUAUGACUGGCCAGCCCCCUCUGAAAAGACGAUUACUGGAAGAAUUUGAUAGGACUGUUAAUGGUCCAAGAGGUCCAACACUCCGUCCGCAAAAAAGUUGUCCGAACAGUAUAAUGAAAGACAGGAGAGCUUUCGAGUACAGCGUCUCUCCUCAACCAAACAUCACAAGGCCAAGCUGCAAUGGAAAAAACUAUGUGGAAACCAGUUUGCAAAUGACAACACCAACACAACAUUCAACCUCAGUAGACAGCAGAUCAGCACAAUCCAAGAUGCCAGGGUUUGUUCCUCCAUUCCUCAAGAAAGCAAAGACGGAGACUCGCAAGAAUAUGGUCGUCAAGGACAACAUAAGAACGCCUUCAGCAUUUGUUCCUCCAUUUAAAAUAAAAAGAACUAUUGUCCAAGAGAGCUCCUCUAAACCACAGGAAGAGGAGGAUAAACACCACCAUCUCUUUGUAAUGCCCUCUAACUGCAACAGCUAUGCACCACCUAGUAAAAAAACACAAAGCAGUCCAGGUGUAACGUGUAAUAAAAGCAAAGAAGACAUUCACACUGUGGCCUUGGCUAACACAAAAAGUGAUUAUUUGAUGAAGAAUCCAAACAUCCCUGUUGUCUGUGGAUCAAAGGACUCUGCUGCAGAGGCAUCAUGUGUGGAGGACACAUUUUCCAGAUGCCAAGACAUGUUUCAGAAUCUUGAAAAUGUGGAACUGGCACGGGAUAUGCAAGACAUGAGAAUCAGGAAAAAGAAGCGUCAGACGAUUCGACCAUUGCCAGGCAGUUUGUUUCUAACCAAAACCUCGGGGGUUUCAAGGAUCCCUUUAAAAGCGGCAGUAAAUGGAAAGCUUCCUGCAGGAUACACCCAAAAACAGCUGUAUGGAUAUGGAGUUCAUCAGCAUGUGUCUGAGAUCACCAGUGAGACUGCAGAAACUUUUCGCUUCAAUUUGCAACAGUUCCUCAAACUGGAAGCAUUCAUAGACGGAGGUGGUGUUCGGCUUGCAGAUGGAGGAUGGCUGAUCCCCAGCAAUGAGGGGACUGCAGGGAAAGAGGAGUUUUAUAGAGCAUUAUGUGACACCCCAGGUGUGGAUCCUAAACUGAUUAGCGAGGAGUGGGCGUACAAUCACUACAGAUGGAUUGUGUGGAAGCAGGCCUCCAUGGAAAGAUCUUUUCCAGAAACAAUGGGCAGCCUCUGUCUCACGCCAGAGCAGGUUCUCCUACAGCUUAAGUACAGAUAUGAUGUAGAGAUAGACCACAGCCGUAGGCCAGCUCUGAGAAAGAUCAUGGAGAAAGACGACACAGCAGCCAAAACCCUGGUUUUGUGUGUUUGUGGGAUCGACUCCAGGGGUCACUCCCCGAACAGACAUGGUCGCAAUGACACCAAGACUCCACAAGGUGCUGAUGACAAGGCUGUACCCCCAUCUGCAGUUGUUUGGUUGACAGACGGAUGGUACGCCAUUAAAGCUCAGCUGGAUGAACCCUUGACUGCCAUGCUUCACAAAGGUCGAAUUGCGGUUGGUGGGAAGUUGAUCAUCCACGGGGCUCAGCUGGUGGGAUCACAAGAUGCUUGCUCCCCUUUGGAGGCACCUGAAUCUCUAAUGUUAAAGAUUUGUGCAAAUAGCACCAGACCCGCACGGUGGGAUACUAAGCUGGGAUUUCACAGAGAUCCCCGACCAUUCCUGCUUCCUAUCUCCUGUUUGUGCAGCAAUGGAGGUCCAGUAGGAUGUGUGGACAUUACCAUACUGAGGAGCUACCCCAUACAGUGGAUGGAGAGGAAACCAGACGGGGGCGUUGUGUUCCGUUCUGUUCGUGCAGAAGAGAAGGAGGCGAGACGAUACAGCAGCCACAAACAAAAGGCCAUGGAGAUCCUUUUUGCCAAGAUUCAAGAUGAAUUUGAAAAGCAGGAGAAAGGUAAUAACAAACCUCAACCCAGAAGACGGACAAUAAGGCGUCGGGAUAUUGCGAGUCUGCAAGAUGGAGAGGAGCUGUAUGAAGCAGUGGAGGAUGACCCAGCUUACCUCGAGGCUCAUUUGAGUGAACAACAGUUAGAGACUCUGCAAACCUACAGGCGCUCUCUGAUGGAGAAGAAGCAGGCUGAACUGCAGGAACGAUACCGCCGUGCUCUAGAAGCAGAGAACAAUGAUGGGAGCUGUCCCAAACGAGACGUUACACCCGUGUGGAGACUCUGCAUUGCUGACUCCAGGGACCAACCUGGCAGCGUUUACCAGUUGAAUUUUUGGCGACCUUCCUCAGAUCUUCAGUCUUUACUGAAGGAAGGCUGUCGUUACAAAGUCUAUAACCUCACCACUUCAGAUGGAAAGAAACGCAACGGAAUUGAAACUGUUCAACUCACUGGAACGAAGAAAACACAGUUUCAGGAAUUAGAGGCUUCCCAGGAAUGGUUAUCAGCACGUUUUCAACCCAGGGUUUCUACCAGUUUUGUGAAUCUUCAAAACCCAGAAUUCCAGCCACUGUGUGGAGAGGUUGAUCUCACAGGAUAUAUCAUUAGUAUCAUAGAUGGACAGGGUUCCUCUCCUGCAUUUUAUUUGGCUGACGGAAGACUGAACUUUGUUAAAGUGCGCUGUUUCAGCAGCUUUUCUCAGUCUGGCCUGGAAGAUGUUGUAAAACCACGCGUGCUGUUGGCUCUUAGCAACCUGCAGCUGAGAGGUCAGUCCAUAUGUCCCACUCCUGUUGUGUACGCUGGAGAUCUGACCGUCUUCUCUACAAACCCAAAGGAGGUUCAUCUACAGGAAUUCCUAAGCCAGCUCAGAACCCUGGUCCAGAGUCAGGAGAACUUCUUUCUAACUGCUGAAGAAACGCUCUCACAUUUAGUCAAGUCUGAUGGCCUGAGCUCCAUCUCUUCUCCCGCUCUGCAACCAAGAACCCCAGCUUGUACAACGGACAGAAGACAGGACACCAAGACAAGUCUGAUAUCUCAGCAGCCAGUCAGAAGCCUUGGAUCCUCCUUGCCUGUCAGCAGGACCCCUCCUACAGCAACCUCUUCAACAGAGAGAGACCAAAGAAGUCUGAAGAGGAGACGAGCUCUGGACUAUCUGUCUCGCAUCCCGUCUCCAACAGCUCUCCCUCUUCUGGGCUCAGUGGCCUCUCCAUGUGUAAAUAAGACAUUUAACCCCCCGCGGAGGUCUGGGACACCUAGCACUUUAAAAACUUUACAGACUCCAGCUCGCAAACCUGUUGUUUCACCGAUGGAAGAUGAAUGGGUGAAAGAUGAGGAACUGGCGAUGAUUGAUACUCAAGACAUUGCGUGCUGGUGAUGUAUUGUAGGUACAUAAGACUGUAUGAUGAUGAUAACGCUACAACUUUGCAAAAACUAUACAAAAUAAACUGCAUAUGGCACA